CUUAGUGGAGGUAAGAAAACACAGAAAGAAAACACAUACCUCCGCUAUGCCACUUUAACAAAGGCUUUUUAUAGUGUCAUACGAGUGCGCCUUGGAUCUUUUAAGUUCGUAAAGUUUUACCUUGGAACAGGCUUCACCUGUUUACGUUUUUUUAAGAUAUUCUGAAAUCCGAUACAGUAUGGUGUCAUGUUAUGUGUUAUCUAAUAAGGGGAGAUGCUGAUGACAUCACAUCUGACCAUCAGACCUUAGGAUUAUGCUUUCAAAAGGAAAUGGCCUACUACCUGCCUUGAACAUCAUUGAACAAUAUCUCCAACAAUUUGUCAGCAAUUUGUCAGCGUUUACUAGAAGUUGUUGUUUAGGUAUCAAAAUAUGACACAUAAAAGCAACAUUUCAGAGAGUCACUUUAUCCCAGUAGUACCUCUGUCCAGUUGACAGACCCAACUAGCAGCAGUGGACUGGAAGACACUACUGAUGGAGUGAGGUGUCACUCUACACACAUUAUGUGCAUUGACACUCCCCAACCUUUUUCUGUCUAGCCAGCCAUCCAGUAUAAUAAAGAAGAUAGGACCGGUUUCCUGUAAUAAUGGCCGGCUGAACUGCCUAGGUGAUUAGCACCUAGUCUGGGAUUUUAUUCUUCUCGAGUUGGGGAUCCCUACUGCCACCCAGUCCCCACCCCACUUUUCACACAAUAACGUAGGCUAGUCUGUAUAAAGAUCAAAGUGGGCUUCUGAUUGAUGUCCCAACACCACACACACCUUUGUCUUGUGUUGUAUGGGAGGAUAUUGUAUAAGGAGAGCCACCUUAAUGAAAUCUCAAGUGCAGUUCCCCAGUUCAGUAUGUUUUUGGAGUAUAUCAGAGCGGGACAACAACAUGAGCACUGUUAGGAGCUCCAAGGCCAUGUAUAUGCAUGAGGAAAGUCCAAGUUGUGGUGACUACCCAUACCCACUCAACUCUCAGACCAAGAGCUAUGGCUGUUGCCUACCAGACGCCGUUCAUCGAGGCCAGUGUAAGGACAGCAGCCGUACUGUCAGGGACGAAACCGAGAUUUCAGACCUUGAAGUCCGGGUUUCACUCCAGGGUCGUGAACUAUGGGAACAGUUCAGAGGUAUAAGAACUGAGAUGCUGAUCACCAAAACAGGAAGGCGGAUGUUUCCCUGCUGCAAGGUAACUGUGACAGGGUUGAAUCCUCGGGGAAUGUACGUUUUCAUGAUGGACAUGGUUCCGUUUGAUGAAAACAAAUACAAGUGGAGCACGGAUCACUGGGAGGUGAGUGGUAUGGCUGAGCCCCACAUUCCAAACCGCUUCUUCAUUCACCCUGACUCUCCUUCCCUGGGGAAGAGGUGGAUGCAGUAUCCUGUUUCCUUCCACAAGCUUAAACUCACCAAUAGCACCCUCAACUCAAAUGGCCUGGUGGUUCUUCACUCCAUGCAAAAGUACCAGCCUCGCUUGCACAUUGUCCAGUCUCCUGACCCCCACAACCCUCCGUUGGGAGGUUAUCUGUGCUUCACCCUCCCGCAAGCAGCCUUCAUAGCUGUAACGGCCUAUCAGAACUCAGAGAUAACAAAACUCAAGAUAGACAACAAUCCCUUUGCCAAAGGGUUUCGUGACAAUGGGCUGAAUAGAAAAAGAUACAGGGAAAAGCAAGCUCAGAGUUCCAACAAACAAAAUGAAAGACACUGCCUGCUGGAAUCCAAAUCUUCAAAUGGGGCAACAGCCGUGCCUUUUGGCCAGGAAGGAUGCGGGGUCCAAGACCCUAGGAUCCAGAAUACCCUCACACACAACAUAUUCACAACCAUGGACUAUGGCAGCCCUGGGGGGCAAAAUGAGGCAAGGCAUACUGGUUUGUCAAACGUUGCCUCUCCUCUUGUUCCAGGCCCUUUCCUGGGUGAGAGUCACUACCUAAGUACUCUUGGUUUCAGAAGUCUUCCUGCACAGAGCAGCGGACUAGUUGUGCAUCACACAUUUCCCCAAGCCGAUUACCAAGGUCAACGUUGCCCAGCACCACACCUCUCUCCUAUCUACAGCCAUACAUCAGGCCACCAGGGCCAGCGGCAUCCACAGCAAGCUGAUUUCGACUGCCCACUCCCACUGCCCCCCAAAGUCAGCAGGAUGAACAUCCCUGAGAGUCUGGAGAUGAGCCCCUCCCACUCGUUGUCUGGCUGCCACCGGCCCCUCAAUGACAUCCUCAACAGGAAUUAUGGGUCAGCAGUCCACUCAGGAAGACCCCAGGGGAAACUGCUCCAGGCACAUUAUGACUCGAGGACAGGCUUGGGGGUGGACAGGGAGCUCCGGCAACCACAGCUCGACUGUUCAGGGUGCCUGCCUCUUCACAGCAUGGUGCUCUUCCACCAGAACAGCUUGACAGGCUCUCUAGGGCCGCUAAGAGAUGGCCAUGUAGUCCCUAAAGUAAUCUCCUCCGUUAAAGAACACCCCAAUAAGGCACCGCUGCAAGAAAUGUUUUUGGAUUACCAGAAUGUGAAGUAAUCUCCAUUAUCUGGUAAAUACAAGUCAGGUACAAAUUAAACAUUCUGCCCUAUGCCUUGUGGAGCUCUACUGACAUCUCUGGGUACAGUUGGGGCACAUUACUAUGCAAUUUUAAGUAAUUCCAAAUUAAUGAAGUACUGCCCUACAAAGACAAAACAUGGCCACUACUAGAAUAGUCAGAAAUCUUUGAGCUGCUGUAAUGUAAUUUGGUAUUUCGUUUGUCGACAUAUGAAAAAGCCAGUCAAUCAUACUAUAACAUUGAUUAUCAGAAAUAACAGUCUGUCUAGAUUGAAGUUAGAUUUUGUAUUAACAUAAUUACUGCACUUUGUAUUUGUAGGGCUGCUCUUUAGCGUUACAGAGCACAAUCAACAUGGUCUCCUGGGAAAUGGUUUCCUAGGAGAAGGAACUGGGAACUGUUUUACUCUUUCUCAACAUUUUAAUAACUUAAGAUGUAAGUAAUAAGGAUAACUACUAACAUGUAAGAACUCAGAAUGUCUUCAUGUAAGAACUCCAUAUAUCUUCACGUUAGAAGUCAGUAUGUUUUAAUGUAAGAAGUCAGUAUGUCUUCAUGUAAGAACUCCAUAUGACUUCACGUUAGAAGUCAGUAUGUCUUUAUGUAAGAAGUCAGUAUGUCUUCAUGUAAGAACUCCGUAUGUCUUCACGUUAGAAGUCAGUAUGUCAGGGUUUUUAUUACCAUGAAUGUUUCCUCACUUUCUCAGCACAUUAAAGUAAAUGUAAAUGAAAGUAAAUUUGAGUUUUUGUAUAUUGCAUAUACACAGGCUCAGUGGCUUAUCAAACAUACACAAAAGGAUACAGACUGCUGUAGUUUUGAUUUAACAAUGGAUAACAUUUGGAAGAUAAUAACAGGCCAUGAGUAACUAUUUCUCAGAAAAAAUAUUGAGGAAACUAUUUGGUGGCAGAAGAUUUAUUACAAGGCAGCACAUCACAGUAUUUUAGCACAGUGAAACUGGAAGAGGAGUCUCACGUGUUACAUGCUGAAAUAUCCACAAGGGACCAGUUUUCCAGUAUUCUGUAAUAUAAAUCCAAAGUAGACAUAUUCACACAAACACAUUGAGUUUUAAUAUACAGCUUAAUAAUCAUUUAUUUUAUAUAUGGAUACAUGAAGACUGAUGUUAGUAAUACAAUGUUCUGUCGUCAAAGACAUUCUUCAAAUACAUAAAUCUGAUUCUACUUCUAUUUAUUUGAUGAACGUCAGCAUAAAAAUAAGGAUCCAAAAAAGAAGAUAUAAAAUAAAUUGAAAACUUUUUUAGUUCAACAAACCUUUUGACCAUGUAAAUAUUACUUUGUCUAGAUAGUCUUUCAACAAUCCUUAUCUUUCCAACAUUUUUGAUUUCAUACAAUUCAAACCAGCUAUUUCAUCAAAGAAUAAAGUUUCCCUUCUAGAUUUACAGUACUGUAUCACACAAUCUACCAUGCAGAACAUAACUAAAAGCAAAAAAAAAGAAAUACAUUAUUACAGAAGGAUUUACAUUACUCCCUCAGACCAGAGAUAUGACAAAAGGCA